AUGAGUUUAACAGACUUCACCGUUAAGGAAGUUUUCCUUUAUGUGAUAGGAUUUUUCGCUGUAUAUCAAGUAUUGGACUACUUCUAUUUCAAGUAUCAAAUGAGAAGAGCAGGAUGCAAGCCAAUCUUCGUAGAUGGAUCAGAAAGAUUCUUUGGAUUUGAAUUUUUGUUCAAAGCAUUAAGAAUGCAAAAGAAUGGUACCUUGAUAGACUACAUUACUGAUAAAUUUAAUAAAUCCUAUUUAGAAAGUACCGAAGAAGGAAAGGAUGUUAAUAUUGGAGGAACUGCUACCUUUAGGGUGGCAGGUAUGCCUAUCAUCUCUACCAGAGACCCGGAAAAUAUUAAAGCUAUAUUGGGAACACAGUUCAAUGAUUUCAGUUUAGGAAUUAGGCAUGCACAAUUUGCUCCCUUACUUGGUGACGGUAUUUUCACUUUAGACGGUAAUGGCUGGAAGCAUUCUAGAGCAAUGUUAAGACCUCAGUUCGCUAGAGAUCAAAUCUCCCAUAUUAAAUCCUUGGAACCACAUGUGGCCUUACUCUGUAAGCACAUUACGAAUACCAAAGGAGCAGAAUUCGAUAUCCAAGAAUUGUUUUUCAGAUUCACCGUGGAUAGCUCUACUGAAUUUUUAUUUGGAGAAUCAGUGAGUAGCUUAAUUGAUCUUAAUGUCGCUACUCAGUCAGAAAUUGAUGAGUUGGAUUUUGCUGGUAAACUCGGGUUUGCUGAUGCAUUCAACGAGGCCCAAAAGACUCUUUUUGAUAGAUCUUUAGCUCAAGAGUUUUAUUUCUUGGUCGACUCUAAGAAGUUCCGUGAAAAUUGCAAAAAGGUCCAUACAUUUGCAGAGUUUUUUGUUCAAAAGGCCUUGAAUGCUUCCUCUUCUGAAUUAGAGGAAAAGUCAAAAGAUAGUUACAUUUUCCUUUAUGAACUAGUUAAGGAAACAAGAAACCCAAUAACUUUACGUGACCAACUUUUGAAUAUUUUAGUAGCUGGUAGAGAUACCACUGCUGGUUUACUUUCUUUUACAAUGUUUGAACUUGCUAGAAAUCCUAACAUUUGGGCAAAAUUACGUGAUGAAAUUGAGACGAAUUUCGGUACUGGUGAAAAUUCCAGACUCGAUGAUAUUACAUUUGAAUCCAUGAAAAGAUGCGACUAUCUCAAAGCAAUUUUGAAUGAGGUAUUAAGAAUGUACCCUUCUGUUCCGCUGAAUUUUAGAAUAGCCACAAAGAACACCACAUUACCAAAGGGUGGUGGGAAGGAUUUCCAAUCGCCAAUUUUUGUUAGAAAGGGAAUGAAUGUUAUUUACUCAGUAUCAGGAAUGCACAAAAAUCCUUACUGGUAUGGUGAUGAUUAUAAUGUUUUCCGUCCGGAAAGGUGGCUCACUGGUGAGACAAAGAAACUUGGGUGGGCUUAUUUGCCAUUUAAUGGUGGUCCAAGAAUCUGCCUUGGUCAACAAUUUGCAUUAACCGAAGCCAGCUAUGUAAUUAUCCGUUUGAUUCAACAAUUUCCAAAACUUAGAUCAUUUGAUGAUGUUUAUCCACCAAAAAAGAAUGCCCACUUGACUAUGUCUCACUUCGAAGGCGUAAAGAUAGGUAUGUCGACAUAA